ACAGCCAUCGCAGCAUAGCUAUUUUUAUCACUUACAGCCGCUUUGGAAAUCCGCCCGUAUUAAUGAUUACCCGUUCAGCACGUACCGAACAAGCAUGCGCUCUUCAGAUAUUUUUGAAGCGUACUUUUGACGAUCGCCAUCAGCACAACACUUAACAGCAUUAAAAUGAACAAUCACUGCAGGUCAAGAUAGCGGGCGCCAAUAGUGACAGUCAUGGAGUCCCCAGUGUGUCUGAUUGAAAACAUUGAUGGGACCCUCAGAGUGGUUCAAGAAGCGACAGAGUAUCUCAUGAGGAUCAAUCAGCCAGUGGUGGUUGUGGCAGUGGUAGGACUGUACCGCACUGGCAAGUCUUACCUUAUGAACAAGCUGGCUGUCAAGAGGAAAGGAUUUGCCCUGGGAGCCACCGUACAGUCCAAGACCAAAGGCAUCUGGAUGUGGUGUGUGCCUCACCCAGUGAAAGAGGGCCACACUCUGGUGCUGUUGGACACUGAGGGACUAGGAGAUGUGGAGAAGGGUGACCAGAAGAAUGAUGCCUGGAUUUUCUCUCUUGCCAUCUUGCUGAGCAGCACUCUUGUGUACAACAGUCGAGGCACUAUAGACAACCAAGCUGUGGAAAACCUCCAAUACGUCACAGAGUUGACAGAACGGAUUAAGGUCAAAGCCCCCAGUGCUUCAUCUGCCGAGGAUGAUGAUGCAGAAGACGCCCAGUUUGUUCAGUUCUUCCCCAGUUUUGUGUGGGCUGUGAGGGACUUCACUUUGCAACUACAGAUAGAUCGGAGGCAGGUGAAUGAAGAUCAGUAUCUUGAACAUGCACUGACUCUUAAAAAGGAGAGCCGCACCAAGACCUGUGUCAGAGGCAUCACACUGGAUUGCAGCCAUUACCUGUGA